AUGGCUCAGUCAGUGGUUUUGAAGAACUUCUCUGAAAGAACUUUGUCAAGUGCUGGGAAAGAGCUGAAAGAUAAUUUUCUGAAGGCCUUGGCAGAGAGAGAAGAAGCCAACCGUAAUGGGAAAAUGUCUUCCAUAAUCUUCAUCCGUGAUCGAAACGCCCGCGGCCAGGAGGUCUCCGCCUAUAUUGAUUAUGCCCAUCGUUUGAAGGUGGAUGAAUUUGAUAUCUAUUUCAGCGGAAAAAAGAAACUCUUCCCCAGGCGCAGCGAUCUGAGUUUCUACAACUGGGAUAGAAAUCUCUGUUGCAUGAAUUCAAGCCCAAACUACCAGGUGAUUGCAGAAAAUGCAUGUGGCUUACUCUUUAAGAACAAGUCUGACAGGAAGAUGAUUAACGUGGAUCCCAAGACCUUUCCUGGAGACAACACAACGCGGAUUCCGAUCAAAACAGACCUCUACCUGCAAGUGGUUAUCUAUGACCAUGUUCUCAGAAGAAAAAUCUAA